UACAACUCAGCUGAAAGUCUGAAACCAUGAUGACCGAGUACAAUAUGGAUGCAUAAAUGAGUUCUUUCCUUGACAUUAUUUCUUUUUUACAACACUGUGACAUAAACCAUAACUAUACACACACAGGAACACACGAUGGCGCCACCCACAAAAAGUACAAAAGUCGCAACAAAAGGGGGUAAACAAAUCGUGGAAGAAAAUGUCUCCACCCUCAGUUUUUAUCGGAACAUGGUAUUUGGGGCUUCUGGUAUUUACCUGACGGCAAUGAUGGUCUUCUUUGCAUUUACUACUUUCACCAUAACGUUGACGAUACUCACCGGCGUGGUAUAUGUAGCUAGCUAUCAAUUCAUGGUCUACAUGGCACGGGCGAAAUUUUCAGAGUCUGGUCAGCUUCUAGAUUCAGGUGUUGAUCUGAACAUGGAAGGGGGCAUUGCCGAGCACGUCAAGGAUCUCAUCAUCCUCACAUCCGGAGUACAAGUUCUUUCUUUGAUAUCAAACUAUUUUUGGUUGCUAUGGUUACUGGCUCCAUUGCGCGGGGCAUGGAUGCUGUGGAGCAAGAUCCUAUCCCCUUGGUUCUUCGCAGCGCCUCAGGAGCAGCCAGAAGUUGAUGAAAAGAAGCAGCGAAAGCUGGAGCGAAAGAUGGCUAAGCGUCAUUGAUCCCCGGCGAAUGAAUUACCCGAUAACUUGGCAUCGACUCUUGUCGAACACCGUACACUGGGUAGGCCCAGCUGGAGUGUCGAGUAGAAGUGAGAGAACAAGAAACAAAAUGAAAAUGAACUGAUUUGUACAUAUAGGUGAAUUUUCGAUAAAUCUGGAGUUUCGUACA